AAUUUAAAUUUUUUCGUAAUUGGGACAAUAUAAAUUAUCCAAGAAUUUUUCGCUCCGUCAUCACCUCAAAAUUAGCAAACAUAAAAGAAAGCUGGUUGUAAAUUGUGAUCCCAGAUUUCUUCAGAAAAAAAACCUAGAUUUCAUAAAAACCUAGAUUUAGGCUAUAAACCCUACAAACCCAAUCACCAAUCCCAGAUUUUCCACCCCAUCAUAGAGUUCAAAUUCUUAUUUUUUCAUAUUUCAUUUAUUUCAGUGAUUGAAUGCAAAAUUUUUGUUCUUAGUUUUCUGUGAUACUUGUUUCCCAGAAGCAUAUUGGCUCCUGCUUCUUACUCCCAACUUUAUCUUUUGUCUCUUGGAAUUAAGAAAACCAGAGUUGGAAGGUUGAGUUCUCUGAGUGUUAGUGGAGCGGUUUUGUUUAAGGGCAUUUGGGCAGAUAGUUGAGCUUGUGAUUCAGUGAAUUUUGGAAGUGCCCCUAAUUAUGGGGCUGAUUUGGUGAAGUGGGUCUUUGAAAUUUUGGGAUUUUAUUAAGUGGGCAAUUGAGAAAAAUCUGUGUUGUGAGAGAUUUUGAAUGAGAGGGCUGGGAGGGAGAUGAGAGGUGUACAUGAAGGUUUGGAUCAACAAUGACUGGAGGGUCAUUGGGGAUUCGUUCAGGGAGUUAUGGGUCUUUGGAUAAACAGCUACAGAACAACAACAACGGAGUGUCGCCAAUCCAAUCUGCACGUAAGCCUUCAAAGAUGCUCAAGGAGAAGGAGAGGUUGUUCCAUUGGAUCUGCAAGUUUGCCGGCCGCAAAAAGGUUGGAAUGUUGUUCCUCUGUCUCAUCUCCGCCGCGGUUUUCGUCUGGGUUUUGUACGUUGGAAAAGGUGAAGAUGAACAAGGCGUCAGUGUUGAAAACAUUAGUGUCAACAACAGCAUCACUAUAAGUUAUCUUGGAUCCUUGCAAACACAUGGACCGCAAAGUAACAAUGUGACUUUUUCGCUAGCAUUGCCUCCUCCUCCCCCUGCUGUUUUUCUGGGUUACACCCUUCCUCCUGGGCAUCUAUGUAAUCUAUUCACAUUGCCUCCCCCACCAGCAGAUAAAAAAAGAACUGGACCGAGGCCUUGUCCAGUAUGUUACCUUCCUGUGGAGGAAGCCAUAGCCUUGAUGCCAAAGGUCCCUUCAGAUUCUCCUGUUCUUAAGAAUUUAACAUACAUUUAUGAAGAAAAUUUGUCUAGAGAAACAGAAUUUGGAGGCUCAGACUUUGGUGGAUAUCCUACUCUGCAGCAAAGGAGUGAUUCUUAUGAUAUAAGAGAGUCAAUGAGUGUGCACUGUGGAUUUGUUGGAGGAAGUAAACCUGGACGCAAUACAGGAUAUGAUUUGGAUGAGGUUGACCUACAUGAUAUGGAGCAGUGUCAUGGUGUGGUUGUUGCAUCAGCUAUAUUUGGGAAUUUUGAUGAGAUAAACCAGCCGAGGAACAUUAGUGAUUAUUCCAAGAAGACCGUUUGCUUCUACAUGUUUAUAGAUGAGGUGACAGAAGCUUAUUUGAGGAGUUCUGGAAAACUGGGCAGCAAUAGGAAAGUUGGUAUAUGGAGAACUGUUGUUGUGCGUAACCCUCCUUAUACGGAUGGAAGGCGCACUGGGAAGAUUCCUAAGCUUCUAGUGCAUAGGAUGUUUCCAAAUGCCCGCUUUUCUUUAUGGAUUGAUGGGAAGCUUGAACUUGUCGUGGAUCCAUAUCAAAUUCUUGAAAGGUUCUUGUGGAGAAAGAAUGCAACUUUUGCAAUUUCUAAACAUUAUAAACGUUUUGACGUGUUUACGGAAGCUGAGGCAAAUAAAGCAGCUGGAAAAUACAACAAUGCUUCUAUUGACUUCCAGAUUGAGUUUUACAAAAAGGAAGGUUUGAGCCCAUAUUCUGAGGCAAAGCUUCCUAUUAUAAGUGACGUUCCUGAAGGAUGUGUAAUAAUAAGGGAGCACGUCCCUAUCAGCAACUUAUUCACUUGUCUUUGGUUCAAUGAAGUUGAUCGUUUUACUUCCAGGGACCAAAUUAGUUUCUCCACUGUCAGAGACCACAUUAGGGAAAGGACAAACUGGACUAUCAAUAUGUUCUACGACUGUGAAAGGCGCAAUUUUGUUGUUCAGAAAUAUCAUAGAGAUGUUUUGGAGCACCUGGCUCCUCGUGUUCCUGUGGCUGUUCCUCCACCACCACUAUUACCACCACCGCCGCCACCAGUUAUAAGUAACGAACCACCAGUUCAACCAUCAGUCGAAACUUUGCCCGAAAGGGUUGUAAACGCCCCAGGUAAGAGGGGCCCAAGGCGCGGGAGAGAUCGAAGGUCUGGUUCUAGGCGUCACCGCAAAGUUGUGGCCGGUAACAGAGACAUUGAUUCAAGUUAAAAAGUUUUGUUCAAGAAAGUUAUUAUAUUAUUCUUUACCCUCCCCCCUUUGGAAAAUCAACUCGUGGUGGGGCUGGAGGAUUUGUGCCAAGAUGAGUGUUUUAGUUCUGCUUCAACAUGGAGCUGCUGUCUCUCUCUCAUUCUUUCUACCUUUGGAAUUGUCUAAGUUUACUCAUUUUUUGUUGUAUAUAUAAAGUUCAAUUUUCCAAUAAUUAUGAUAUGGGUUGCUACCAAACCCCUCAAUAUGUAGUGGCCCAUUUUGUUAUUUCA